GAGGGCGUGGCGCAGGCCUCUAGGUUCGGAGCAUCGCGGGCUGAGCGCGCCAGGAUCCGCUUUGCGAGCCGAUUCAGCCGAGCUUCGUUGGCCCAGCAGGCACAGGCUCCAGACUGUUUGAAAGCCUGCUGGGACAUGUCAUCGGUGACAGAAACUUGGCAGCAGGGCAGCUCUGAGCGAGUGCAGGAUGUCACCAGGAAUCAGGUCCCCGACGAGUCCAGACUUCCUGGGAUUCUAAAUGCACUGUCCUGUCUACUGCCAUCUCGUCCUACCGAUAAACUGGCAACUCAUCUGGCCACAACAGAGGGAAACUGGAGGAAAUACCAUUGGCAGCCAAGGCCUAGAAGAUUGCCCCAUCUCAAAGGGAAGUCUCUGACUGCCGUUUGAAAUGCUGAGAAACUUGUUUCGGAGGAGACUUUUGUCUUAUCCUGCAAAAUACUACUUCUUGGCGCUCGUCCUCUCUUUAGUCACCUUCUCUGUCCUAAGAAUUCAUCAGAAGCCUGAAUUUGUUAGCAUCAGACACUUGGAGCUUGCUGGAGAUGAUGCUGAUAGCAACAUUAACUGCACCAAAGUUUUACAGAGUGACCCAGAUGAAAUCCAGAAGGCGAAGCUUGAGUUACUAACAGUGAAAUUCAGGAAGCGCCCACGGUGGACACCGCAUGACUAUAUAAACAUGACCCGUGACUGUGCCUCUUUCAUCAGGAUGCGCAAGUAUAUUGUAGAGCCUCUUAGUAAAGAGGAGGCAGACUUUCCCAUCGCGUACUCCAUAGUGGUUCAUCACAAGAUUGAAAUGCUUGAGAGGCUCCUGAGGGCCAUCUAUAUGCCUCAGAAUUUCUAUUGCAUUCACGUGGACAAAAAAGCAGAGGAGCCCUUUUUAGCCGCGGUGACGGGCAUUGCGUCCUGCUUGAAGAACGUCUUUGUGGCCAGCCAGCUGGAGAGCGUCAUUUAUGCGUCCUGGAGUCGGGUUCAGGCUGACCUCAACUGCAUGAGGGACCUGUACAGCAUGAGUGCAAACUGGAAGUACUUGAUCAACCUCUGCGGUAUGGACUUCCCUCUGAAAACCAACCUGGAAAUGGUCAGGAAACUCAAGUCAUUCCUGGGCGAAAACAACCUGGAAACCGAGAAGAUGCCUCCAAACAAGGAGGAAAGGUGGAAGAAGCGACACACCGUUGUCGACGGGAAGCUGACAAACACUGGGGUGGCCAAAGCCCAGCCGCCCCUCACAACUCCUCUUUUCUCAGGCAGCGCCUACUUUGUGGUCAGUAGGGAAUACGUAGGCUAUGUGCUAGAAAAUGGGGACAUCCAAAAGUUCAUGGAGUGGGCACAGGACACGUAUAGCCCAGAUGAGUACCUCUGGGCCACCAUCCAAAGGAUCCCUGAAGUCCCUGGUUCUCUCCCCUCGAGCCAUAAGUAUGACUUGUCCGACAUGAAUGCUGUCGCUAGGUUUGUCAAGUGGCAGUACUUUGAAGGUGAUGUUUCCAAAGGCGCUCCUUACCCACCGUGCAGCGGAGUCCAUGUACGCUCCGUGUGCAUUUUCGGAGCUGCUGACUUGAGCUGGAUGCUUCGCAAACACCACUUUUUCGCCAAUAAGUUUGACAUUGAUGUUGACCCCUUUGCCAUCCAGUGCUUGGAUGAGCAUCUGAGGCAUAAAGCCCUGGAGACCUUAGAACACUAACUGCUGUCAGGAGUCCUGGGGAGAGUAGGGAUGCACAAAGCGUAACCCUCAUCCACUUCCUUUGCCUCAUGUGGAGUCCUCUUUGGCGUGAUGGCUUUUAAGUCCGCGUCAGAGAAGCUCCAUGGAUUGUGUAGAGUACAGGUACGAGAGAGGAUGACACAUUCAGUGUUCUGGAGUCAAAACGAGGAGAGAGUGAGGAUAGAUGGAGGCUGGGGAAGAUUCUAUGGACAGAGGGGACUCAGGUGAUUGGGAAAGAGGCCAAAGACAGAAUCAGCCUCCCCAACUAAUCAAAGAAACCAGGUACUUGAUCCAAAGGAGAUUCCAUUUGUGCCAAAAUUCUCUUGAGGAUUUUAAACACGGUAAUUUUCUUGACAUGAAUAAGUUUGUAGCAGCAACCAA